GUUUCCAGCCUAUGACAGAGAAGUUUCCCAGCAGCGACCUGAAACAGACACAACCGACACUUUUCAGUUAAACAUUGGAAACAUGGCGGAAGACAAACCUGACUCAAAUGAAGAAACUGAUGAAACUUGUAUUUUCUGUUUGAUAGCCAACGAGCAAGACAAAGAAACGCGAAUCAUUAAAAAGAACAAGGAGCUGGUGUGUUUCAGAGACAUUUGGCCUGCUGCUCCUCACCAUUACCUGGUCGUACCCAUAGAGCACAUACACAGCUGCUUCUCGCUGCACCAGGGACACAUCGGCCUCGUUGAAAGGAUGGCUGAAAUGGGGAGAGCUGUCCUACACGACCAAGGGAUCACUGAUAUAAAUGACAUGAGGCUGGGGUUCCACCAACCUCCCUACACUUCAGUUGAUCAUCUCCACCUCCAUGUGCUUGCCCCGGCCAGUAAAAUCUGCAAGUACCUGGAGUUUAAGUUCAUUCCAAGGUCCUUUAGGUUUGUUACUGAAAGCAGUCUUCGGCAGCGUCUCAAGGGUAUAACUCCACCAGUCAAGAAGAGAGGAGCAACGAACAUGUCAGAGGAGUCUCUGAACCAGAAUGAGCCAUGUGCAGGAGGUGCUUUUUGUUUACCAUGUUUGUGCACGACAACAUCAUGAACUGUCAAGAGCAAUAUCUGGGAACUGAGUCGGUAAAUGAGAUAAUGAAGCAGGUAAAUUAAUUAGAUAUUAAAGGAAAUCCAAAGGACUGAAGCGUCACUGUAGAGACAAUGACCACACUGAAUGUCUGUGUGCAGCAAACAGUCUGUGCUGAUUAACAGUUGUAUGAACUGUUUGUUGUUGGCUUAAAGCUAUAGCGCGUAACUUCUGCGUGUCCUUAAAUGUCCGUUUCACCCAAGCCACUACUAGAGGAGAUGACAUAAUGCUGAUCAGCCGAUCGGCUCCUCUAACAUCUCGUGGUAUUUUUCAAUAUAUAUCAUUUUUAGUAUGCGUGUCGACCGGCGACAUUCCCGUGCUGCCGCACAGGAAAUGCUUCCUCACAACAAGAAGGGAGGGGGGAAGAGCGGAGAGUCUCAUAGCAAGAGGUAGAGCGCAGGUAGAAAGAGAAAGCAACAAAGAAGCAGCCGAGACACAAAGAAAAAGCCUGGACGUUCGGCUGAAGGUCUAUUAGCAAAGAAGGAAAGUGAGCGACGGAGAAGGCAAACAAGGAUUUGUAUUGGCGUCGCUUUUCCUUGGUGGAGAGCCCUGAAGGAAGAAAUUGGGCUGAGGGCAGAUACGGAUGUUGCCUUGCUGCUGUAGGAUAAGUAAGUGACUUGGUUUAUAAUUAUAUUAUGAGUAGUAUGUGUUGCUGUUACAUGUACUGGACCUAGUACUUUAUUAUUUUCUUGGAAAUGGUGCUAUGAACGUAAUGUAAUGAUAGCAGCCUGGUGUUCGCCACGUGUUACUCUGUGUACACGGUGUGUGGCGAGUGUUACUUUGUGUACAGUGUUACUCUGUGUACAUGGAAGUGUCGGCUUAUUUGUUGUAAUAACGCUUUAUCCGCUGGGAGGCGACAGAAGUUACGCACUAUAGCUUUAAUGUGUGUAUGAAUGUAUGUAUGGUGGCAAAGUGUGAAAUGAAUUAUACUGUAAUGGUUGGUGAUAUAUGAAAAAAAAUGGAUUGACUCCAUUAAAUGCCAUGGUACUGUGUGUACUUGUGUGUAUUUGUGUGCAACUACAAUCUGUCCUUUUGGGAUUGAAGAGAGUUUCUGUUUAUUACUACAAAAUACAUCCUGGAAAGUCCUUGAACACAUUUUCCAAAAUUUCUGAAAUUAACCAGAAAAACAAACACAGUCAUGUGAAAAUGAUAACCACCACAAACUCAUUAUAAGCCUCAGAAACAAACUUGUGUACUUCCUACACUAGAAUACUGUGUGCCUCCAUGUUUUGUGU